AACCCGUGGCGGCCGUGUCCGCGGCCCUACCGAGCCCGGCGCUGCCUCGGGUUCCGUCGCCCGGCCCCUCGGCUCUGACCGGCCGCGGCUCGCCCUCCCCCGGCCCCUGACACAGAGCCGAGGGGCCUGCCCGUCCCCGUGCCCGGAGGUGGCUGCCUCGGCGGCGCCAGCGGUUGUGUCGGUUGGCGGCGCGGAUGGGCGGUUGGUAGCCGCCGCCGAGGACGAGGCGGCGGCGGAAGAUGGUGCCGGGGGCCGCGGGCCCUGCUGCUGCCGCCGGCGGAGGAGGAGGCGCUGCCCGUUCACUGAGUUUAACCAGUAAUGCCAUUCAGUUGCCAAUAUCAAGCAAAGCAAACAUAAGCCACUUGUAACCUGCUUCUUAAGAACAGUGGUAGUCCUUCUAACAGUGCCUGCUGUAACUAUAUCAGAGUGUGAGGUGUAAGCUUACAGAAUCCAGGAAACCAUCAUGAAGUUGUAUGUAUUUCUGGUGAACACUGGAACCACCCUGACAUUUGACACUGAACUUACAGUGCAAACUGUGGCUGACCUGAAGCAUGCGAUCCACAGCAAGUACAAGAUCGCCAUUCAGCACCAGGUGCUGGUGGUCAACGGGGGUGAGUGCAUGGCUGCUGACCGCAGGGUGUGCACCUACAGCGCUGGGACGGACACAAAUCCAAUUUUUCUUUUUAAUAAGGAAAUGAUCUUGUCUGAGCGUCUACCUGCUAUUCCUAAAACUACCUUUUCAACAGAAAAUGACAUGGAAAUAAAAGUCGAAGAGUCCCUUAUGAUGCCUGCCGUUUUUCACACUGUUGCUUCAAGGACACAACUUGCAGUGGAAAUGUAUGAAGUUGCCAAGAAACUCUGCUCUUUCUGUGAAGGUCUGGUCCAUGAUGAACAUCUUCAGCACCAAGGCUGGGCUGCAAUUAUGGCCAAUCUGGAAGAUUGCUCAAAUUCCUACCAAAAGCUGCUUUUCAAAUUUGAAAGUAUUUAUUCAAAUUAUCUGCAAUCCGUAGAAGACAUCAAAUUAAAACUUACUCAUUUAGGAACUGCGGUUUCAGUCAUGGCCAAGAUUCCGCUGUUGGAGUGCCUCACCAGACACAGUUACAGGGAAUGUCUGGGGAGAGCAGAUUCCUUGCCUGAACGUGAAGGCUCAGAAAAGGCUGAGACGAAGACCUCCGCUGAACUGGUGCUCUCUCCUGAUACGCCUGCAGCAAUGAGCAAACCCUCGUUAACCUCAUUUCACAUGUCUGUGGAGCACAUAGCCCCAGACGCCGCAGAUGCUGAAAGUGGAAAAGAUGUGAGGGAGCCUUGUCCAAGCCCUGCCCAGCGGGACGCAGCUGCAGUAGAGGCUAAAGAGGGGGACCUGCCUUUCUUUAAUGUUUCUCUGUUAGACUGGAUCAACGUGCAGGACAGGCCUAAUGACGUCGAGUCCUUGGUCAGGAAGUGCUUUGAUUCCAUGAGCAGGCUUGAUCCCCGGAUCAUUCGACCCUUUAUGGCAGAAUGCCGUCAGACUAUUGCCAAUCUCGAUAAUCAGAACAUGAAAGCCAUCAAGGGCCUGGAGGACCGGCUGUAUGCCCUGGACCAGAUGAUUGCCAGCUGCGGCCGACUGGUCAAUGAGCAGAAAGAACUCGCUCAGGGAUUUUUAGCUAAUCAGAUGAGAGCUGAAAACUUGAAGGAUGCAUCUGUGCUACCUGAUUUGUGCCUGAGUCAUGCAAAUCAGUUGAUGAUUAUGUUGCAAAACCAUAGAAAGCUGUUGGACAUUAAACAGAAGUGCACCACUGCCAAACAGGAGCUCGCAAAUAACCUUCAUGUCAGACUCAAGUGGUGUUGCUUUGUGAUGCUCCACGCUGAUCAGGAUGGAGAGAAGUUGCAGGCUUUGCUCCGCCUGGUUAUCGAGCUCUUAGAAAGAGUCAAGAUCGUAGAAGCUCUGAGCACAGUUCCUCAGAUGUACUGCUUAGCUGUUGUUGAGGUUGUCAGGAGAAAAAUGUUCAUAAAACACUACAGGGAGUGGGCUGGUGCUUUAGUCAAGGACGGAAAGCAAUUAUAUGAGGCUGAGAAGUCAAAAAGGGAAUCCUUUGGGAAAUUAUUUAGGAAGUCUUUUCUAAGAAAUCGUCUGUUCAGGGGAUUGGACUCCUGGCCCCCAUCCUUUUGUACACAGAAGCCUCGAAAGUUUGACUGUGAACUUCCAGAUAUUUCAUUAAAAGAUUUACAGUUUCUGCAAUCAUUUUGUCCUUCUGAAGUUCAGCCAUUCCUCAGGGUUCCCUUACUUUGUGACUUUGAACCUCUCCACCAGCAUGUACUCGCUCUGCAUAAUUUGGUAAAAGCAGCACAAAGUUUGGAUGAAAUGUCACAGACCAUUACAGACCUGCUGAGUGAACAAAAGGCCUCUGCGAGUCAGACGUCCCCACAGUCGGCUUCCUCGCCCCGGCUGGAAAGCGCGACAGGAAUCACAACCGCUACCUCACCCAGGACACCGCCUCCACUCGCCGUGCAGGAUCCCCUGUGUCCUGCGGUCUGCCCCUUAGAGGAGCUGUCUCCAGACAGCAUUGAUGCCCACACAUUCGACUUUGAGACUAUCCCCCAUCCAAAUAUAGAGCAUACUCUCCACCAGGCCUCCUUAGACUUGGAUUCACUAGCAGAAAGUCCUGAGUCGGACUUUAUGUCUGCGGUGAACGAAUUUGUCAUAGAGGAGCAGCUGUCGUCUCCAAACCCCAUCAGCGACCCGCAGAGCCCGGAGAUGAUGGUGGAGUCCCUCUACUCCUCUGUCAUCAACGCCAUUGACAGCAGGCGGAUGCAGGACACCAGGACCCCUGGUCAGGAGGACCCGGGCAACCGCGCGUCCCUCAGUGCCCAGCUGGGGAGGUGCCGCGCGUCCGCCCACGACUCGCACCUUAGCAUUCAGACCCUGAAGGAGGACUUCUGCCACUUCCGGACGUUCGUGCAGAAGGAACAGUGCAACUUUGCCAAUUCCUUGCAGUGUACAGCAGUAGAAAUAAGAAGCAUUAUCGACAAAGUAAAGCACUCUUUGGAAAUAACACUACAUGAAAAACAUCAAAAAGAACUAGAGUCUUUAAAAAGCGAGUACGAGGGCAGGCUCGCUACCCUGGUGAAGGAGAGUGAAGAGGACAAGAGCAAGAUCACCAAGCUGCGGGGGGACCUGGCGUGCCUGGAGGAGGUGCUGCAGAACAAGGAUAAUGAGUUCGCUCUGGUCAAGCACGAGAAGGAAGCCGUCAUCUGCCUGCAGAAAGAGAAGGACCAGAAGCUGCUCGAGAUGGAGCGCGCAGUGCACAGCCAGCACUGUGAGGUGGAGGCACUACGGCAGUCGCGCGAGAUUGCGCUGGAGGACUUGAGGAAGCUCCACGUGGAGAAUGACGAGAAGCUCCAGCUACUGCGGGCAGAGCUCCAGCGCCUGGAGCAGAGUCAUCUGAAGGAGCUGGAGGACACACUACAGGUCCGUCACACACGGGAGUUGGAGAAGGCCAUGAGCGAGCACAGGCUCUGCUUGGAGAAACUAGAAAUGGAAAACCAGCAGAAGAUCGAGCAGAUCCAAGAUUCUCAUGCCGCAGUCAUCCAGGAGAAGGAGCAGCAGCUCCAGGAGUUAAAGCUCAAGGUUUCGGAUUUGUCGGACAUGAGAUGUAAGUUAGAGGUGGAGCUGGCCCUGAAGGAAGCAGAAACUGAUGAGAUAAAAAUGUUGCUGGAAGAAAGCAGAACCCAGGAGAAGAAGACCUUGCAGUCUCUCUUCGAAAAAGAGACCGAACAGUUGAGAGCAGAAAUCAGUAAACUGAACCAAAAGAUUCACGACAAUAAUGAAAAUUAUCAGAUGGGCUUGGCAGAGCUGAGAACUUUAAUGACAGUUGAAAAAGAUCAGUGCAUUUCUGAGUUAAUUAGUAGACACGAAGAAGAAUCUGAUAGGCUUACAACUGAUUUAAACAAAAUGACAUCGUUGUAUCAGCAAGCAUUUGAAAUAGAAAAAGGCCUGAAAGAAGAAUUAGCUGAACUGCAGAGUAAAUUGGACUCAGAAUUGAGUGCUCUUGAAAAACAAAAAGAUGAGAAAAUCUCCCAGCAAGAGGAUAUGUACAAAGCUAUUAUCCAGAAGCUAGAGAAAGACAAAGAGGAAUUUGUCAUGAGACAGGAACGGGACCGAGAACAGUUAGUUCAGAGGCUUAAUUGUGAAAAAGAAGCUGCUAUUGAGACUGCCAGAAAAGAAAUGCACUUGGAAAGAGAAGCUGUUGAGAAAGAGUUGUUAGAGAAAGUUAAACAUCUUGAGAGUCAAUUAGCAAAAAGUCAUGCCAUGGAAUCUGCCAGAGAAGAUUCUUCAAGCCUAGUUGCUGAACUUCAAGAAAAGCUCCAGGAAGAAAAAGCUAAGUUUCUAGAACAACUUGAAGAGCAGGAGAAGAGGAAGAAUGAGGAGAUGCAGAAUGUUCGAACAUCUUUGAUUGCUGAGCAGCAGACCAAUUUUAACACUGUUUUAACAAGAGAGAAAAUGAGGAAAGAAAACAUAAUCAAUGAUCUCAGUGAUAAGCUCAAGAGCACAAUGCAGCAGCAGGAGCGGGACAAAGAUUUGAUCGAGUCCCUGUCUGAGGACCGCGCGCGUCUGCUGGAGGAGAAGAAGCGACUGGAGGAGGAGGUCAGCCGGCUGCGGGGCGGUGCCUUCGUGCCCUCCCCGGGUGUGGCCGCAGCCCCCGAGUUGUACGGGGCCUGUGCGCCUGAGGCCCCGGUGGAGGCCCUGGACACCCUUGGUGAGGGGAGGCCAGACUCAGCCAUGGAGACCAGCACGAUGUCUGUCCAAGAAAACGUCCAUGUGCUCUCUGAAGAAAGACAGCGGAUAAUGCUGUUGGAACGAACACUACAGUUGAAAGAAGAAGAGAACAAGCGGUUAAAUCAGAGACUGAUGUCUCAGAGCAUGUCUUCCGUGUCCUCGAGGCAUUCUGAGAAGAUAGCCAUUAGAGAUUUCCAGGUGGGCGACCUGGUGCUCAUCAUCUUGGACGAGCGCCACGACAACUACGUGCUCUUCACGGUGAGCCCCACCCUGUACUUCCUGCACGCGGAGUCCCUGCCCGCCCUGGACCUCAGGCCGGGAGAGGGCGCUUCAGGUGCAUCUCGAAGACCGUGGGUCCUUGGAAAAGUGAUGGAAAAGGAGUACUGCCAGGCCAAAAAGGCACAAAACAGAUUUAAAGUUCCUUUGGGGACAAAGUUUUACAGAGUGAAAGCUGUGUCAUGGAAUAAGAAAGUAUAAUUUGUGGAAGAAAUUGAGACCUUCUGUGACGUUUUCCUGGUUUGUCCAACAGUGCUCUUUCAUCACUCCAAAAACAGCAGGCCAUCUUUUUAUAUAAAAGUCAACAGGACAAUGCACUUCAUUGGUGUAUAUCAGUUACUUUUUACCUGGCUACACUUUAGGAACAAUAAAUUCAUCAAAACUCUGA